AUGGAUGUCGCCGAUCCCCUGCGCUUCGGACAGGAGGAGGAAGAGGAGCAUGGGGAAGUGCUUCUGGACGAAGAACCCCUCGCCCCAGCUGCUGAGCCGCCGCCCAACCCGGCGGCUGCUGCCAGUGCCGCCGCCGCCUCCGCUCCAGGCAGCGCCAAUAGCAGCGACCCGCUGUCAUUACUUGUGGGCAGGGCAGAGGCAGCCACAGGGCACUGCGACAUGUACCACGUGCAGCAGCAGCAGGCGGCAGCGUCGCGCACUCAGCAGCAGGGUGGCCCAGCCGGUGGCGACCACCGCGGUGGUGCCGCUGGCGGCAGCAGUAGUGGCCCCGCUGCCGCGUCGCGCCACUGCCCACAGGACAGCCUGACGCUGGAUAGCCUGGAGAUUGGGGCAGACGACAGCAGCUUUCUGAGUGGUGCGGGCGGCGAGGGGGGCGUGGCGGGACCCAGCACCCGCCCGGCGCCGGCGAUGCACAUCAGCGUUUCAGACCCGGUGCGGCGCGUCGGCGACAGCAUGAUCCCAGGCUUCACCAGCACGCACACCGAAUACCUGGUCACCACCACCUUGGAAAACCCACGCCGCCGCGUGGAAGUGCGGCGCCGCUUCCGCGACUUUGUGGCACUGGCAGACCUGCUGGCCAUCACGCAGCGCGGCUAUUUCGUGUUCCCGAGGCCCGACAAGAACACUCUAGACCAGCAGCUAGGCAAGACCGACUUCGUGGAGGUGCGGCGGCUGGAGCUGGAGCGGUACCUGUGCAAGCUGGCCGCACAUCCUGUUGUUGGGCGAUCUGAGGAGCUGAAGGUGUUUCUGGAGGCAGAGGGCAGCCUCGACAAAAACUUCUCGUGGCAACAGCUGCAGCCGGUGCGGGGGAGUCUGCUGGAGGGCAUCGGCCGAUUGCCCCGCCAACUCAUAGGGUCAGACAGCAGCGUGCCCACCACGGUAGAGGCACAGCAGAAUGCUCGCAACACCAGCGACCUGCUGCGGCGUUUCCGGGAGCUGGGGGAGCGCAUGCGGCAGGAGUACAAGGCGCCGCCAGUGCUGCAGGAUCAGGAGGUCAAACUGCGGGAACAGCGUGCUGGCGUGGAGGAGUAUGCCGACAAGCUGGCUGCCGCAUCGCGGCGGGCCGAGCUCAUGGUCAAGGAGUUUGAGGAGAUGGGAGCAGUCAUGGGCGACCUGGGCCUGUCAUUGAUGAAGCUGGCCAAGUAUGAGGAUGAGGAGGGCAGCAAGUGCGGGCAGUACAGCGACCUGGGUGUGGGGGCGCGCGCGGUGGGCGCCGAUGCACGCCGCGUGGGCCAGGCGGCGGUGCGGCAGAGCCGGCUGGCGCGGAUGGCCAACGGGCAGGCCAUGGAGGCACUGGAGCCGCUGCAUGAUGAGCUGGCCGUGUCGCCGGCUGUGACUGCGGCGCUGCGGGAGCGCGAGGCAGCGCUAUUGACGGUGCAGAGCAUUGAGGACGACCUGGAGCGGCGGCGGCGAGCGGUGGCGGCGUUGGAGGAGGCGGGCCCCCGUAGGGUGGGCGGCGACGCCGCCAAGGCGCGCAAGGUGGCGGCCAUGCAGAAUGAGGUGUCGGCGCUGGAGGCGGCCCUGACGGCGGCGCAGCAGGAGUAUGAGCGCGUCAAGGCCCGCAACCUGGAGGAGCUGGAGCGUGUGCGGCAGGAGCGUUCGGCCGAGUUUGCUCGGCUGGCCAAGGGCUUUGCGGAGGUGGAUGCGCUGUUUGGGCAGCGCUGCCUGGACAUUUGGCGCGGCGUGUCUGGCGAGUUUUCAACCUGA